UCCCUGUCAACAUGGCGGUAUCCAUGCGGACUUUUAGCAAAGUUUGCUCAAAACAUCCAAUAAAAGAAUUUUUACGAUGGCAAAUUACAAAGUGUAGGCCUAGUGCAUUAGAUAGACAUAAGAAUGGGGUACAUACAUCUUGUAGACUGUUAUCAGAUGUCAUACCAGAGACAUUUGAACAAAAGACCGAGAAUAAAGCUGAAAAGAUCAGUAAAGCAAUGAGAUUGUAUAUGGAAAGAGCAAAAAAUUAUAAUUCUAUGAUUGACAAAGAAAUAGAGGAAUAUGAAAUUGGUAAAAGACAUUUAGCUAAUAUUAUGGGAGAAGAUCCUGAUUCCUUUAAUCAAGAUGAUAUAGAUAGAGCCAUCCAGUAUCUUUUACCAUCUGGAUUAUUUGAAAAAAGAGCUAGACCACAAAUGAAGCAUCCAUAUGAAGUAUUUCCACGAAGAAAAGAGGCACUAUUUGGAAAGGAUGGCAGACCACAUCAUUAUCAGUUUUAUACAGGAAAACCCAACUAUCACGGUCUUUUACAUGAUAUAAAUAUGAAAUACGAAAAUCUAAAUGCUGCAGAAACAGAAUUGUACAAAAAUGGUAAAAUGGCAGAGGAAGAUGACAAAAAACUAUUUCUUCAUGGCUUUCAGUGGAUUGACCAUAAAACAUUAACAAAACUAUUAAUAGAGGAAAUUAGUCCACAAGAAUAUAACCGUUUUGUUCUAGUUUUGGAUCGGUUGUUAAAGCACAAAUUGUCUUAUAAAGAAGAAGAAUUUUUAUUGAAAUAUUCAAAGAAAGUAAUGACAAUGUCCCAAUUUAGAAGCAUUGAAAAGCCAUUAAUUGAUAGUGAUGGUAGAGAAUAUAGUGAAGCUUCUGGAAGAAGAAAAACAUCAAAUGCUAAUAUAACUGUAUAUAAUAAUGGAUCGGGACAGAUUAGUAUCAAUGGUCAGGAUUUAUCCUACUUUAAAGAUAUUCAUCAAAGAGAACAGUUAUUAUUUCCUCUACAAUUAGUCAAUAAGAUAGAUAAAGUUGAUAUAGUAGCUACAGUUGAUGGUGGGGGAUCAUCAGGUCAGACAGGAGCUGUUAGAUUAGCGUUAGCUCAUGCUCUAUGUAGUUUUGUUGAUACUGAUUCCAUAGAACGACUAAGAUUAGCUGGGUUAUUAACAAAAGAUCCAAGAACUAGAGAAAGAAAGAAGCCUGGUCAACCAGGAGCUAGAAAGAAACCUACAUGGUUGGUAUUCUUAACCUUUGUGUAUUGUCAAUUACUUGUUGUGUAA